GCUAGGGGUCCGGGCGGGACGGCGCGGAGGGUGUGCGCCGGCCCCCCGUAAUGCUGCCCCGCCCCCAGGUCGGAGAGAUCUUCUCCGCGGCCGGCGCCGCCUUCACCAAGCUCGGGGAGCUGACGAUGCAGCUGCAUCCCGUGGCGGACUCUUCCCCCGCGGGUGCGAAGUGGACGGAGACGGAGAUAGAGAUGCUGAGGGCUGCUGUGAAGCGAUUUGGGGACGAUCUAAAUCACAUCAGCUGUGUCAUCAAGGAACGGACAGUGGCGCAGAUAAAGGCCACCGUGAAACGCAAGGUUUAUGAAGACUCUGGCAUCCCCCUUCCAGCUGAAUCACCCAAGAAAGGUCCCAAGAAGGUGGCAUCUGGUGUCUUGUCGCCUCCUUCAGCUGCCCCUCCACCCAGCAGCUCCAGUGUCCCUGAAGCUGGGGGUCCCCCCAUAAAGAAACAAAAGGCUGAUGUGACACUCAGUGCUCUGAACGACUCCGACGCCAACAGUGACCUGGUGGAUAUUGAAGGGUUAGGAGAAACUCCUCCAGCCAAGAAACUCAACUUCGACCAGGACAGCCUGACUCUGGAUUCUGGCCUUCUCAUGACCUCCACUGAUCCUCCUCUGCUCUCCCGCUGAGCCUUCCGCCUCUGACCCCUCUCACUGUUCAGGCUGGACCUGCGGAUCGCCUGGGACUCUGAGCAAGGCUGCAUGGGAGACGGUCAAAGGCUGCUGGGGCCGACCACCUUGGUGUUCCCGUAUAAGCAUCUGCCCUCAACCCCUUUGACCUCCACCGGAUGGACAUUUUUAUACAGAAACAAUAAAGAUUUCCCUCUCAGCGUA